CAACAAAUUGUUAUAUUUGGUUCAAACCGCGUCGUCUAAACACUGACGCUAUGUUUUUGGUGUUUUAAUUUAAACUAGAACUCAGUUUAAAGUGAAUAUUGAGUGUUUUAAACAAUGCAUAAUAACACACGAUAUAAAAGUUUUGUAGUGUUGAAUACACUGAUUAUUUUAGUGUCUGUCAUAAAUACAGCGACCGGCCAGUUGGGUCGCUGUGAUCAGACUCCAACACAAGCGGACGUCACCACGCCCAGCGAAAACAACGGGAUCUACAGGAUGAGUAUCAGUACUAAGGGGAAUGAUACCAACAUAUACAGACCUGAUCAGACAUAUGUUUUAAAAUUAACAUCGAACAACCCAACUCGUCCGUUCCGAUGGUUUAUGAUAACAGUAGAAGACCCCGACGUUGACAACAGUCCACAGUUCGACCACAAAUCUGUCGACGUCGGCAGUCUGAAGACAAUAGACACCAACCGGCAGGCACGAUACAGCGAGCGAUGUUAUAAUUCCGUUGAAAAUACAGAUAAUUCUGAUAAAUAUAAGGUUGAGAUCCACUGGGUGUCACCAAAGCAAAAUGAUAGAAAGCAGACAGUUCGUCUUCGAGCAAUGGUCGCGGAGAACAGCGAAGUGUGGUACACCGGCGAGAACCUGACCAUCAUUUUGGAGAAAGACAACAGGAAACCACUGGACAGUCCUCCAUAUUCUCCGACAGACACUUGCAAUCUGUGCAGCGAAGCAAGAUACGAGGUUAUAUUCAACGGUCGCUGGUCAAGAAUGACGCAUCCGCGCUACUAUCCCAGCCGUCCGGAUGAUAAUGGUUACAGUUACAUGGUUGGAGCUUCCCAUUCUUACGAUUACAUCCUGUGGCAGCCGGGAGACAAAGCUAGUCCAGGAUUGCAGAAGUUGGCAGAAGAAGCCGACAUCAGUGUCGUUGAGAGGGAAAUCAUUAACGCGAUGUCACUUCACAAUGGCACCCGGACCUUGAUUAGAGGUAAGCGCCAUUACCAUCCAGACAUGCACGCACCUUCGCAUGCGGUGUUCCGUGUGGAUCGAAUACACCAUCUGUUCUCAGUGCUGGUGGGUAUGAAGCCUUCUCCAGACUGGUUCCUCGGUGCCUCGCGGUUUGAGCUCUGCACGGAUAUCGGCUGGCUGGAAUAUUCGGAAAUACCUCUAUACCCUUGGGAUGCUGGCACCAUGGAUGGCGUUUCAUAUGAGUCGCCAACGUCCAUGACACAACCCGUAGACACUGUAGACAGAGUAGCGGUUGGUUCGUUCAACCAGGAGUCCCCCUUCUAUCAGAUGAACCUCAAUGAACUGAAGCCGUUUGCUAUUCUGCAAGUGAGAAGACUGGACGUCUACCCAUUGAAUGGAGUUGAAUGCAGUAAUGAUAAGGGUACCGAUGAAGCAGUUAUCAAUGAUGAAGGCAUCUCAAGUUAUAUUGAUGAAGAACCAAGAGUACUAUCGUCGCGACAAAACACUGAGGAGUGCGUGAUGAGUGACUGGAGCGAGUGGUCGGAAUGCAAACCUGACUCUGGUAACUGCGGACUUGGAACACAGAUUAGAUCUCGCAGAACACAAAGGAAGUUGAAUUACGAAGGCUAUUUGGUACAAACAAAUGAACAAAUUCCUAUAGAAAACUGUCGCACAAAUGAAAAUGACGCCUUAGUUCAAUCUCAGCAAUGUUUUGUAAAUUGUUAACCCAAAUAAAAUAUUAUCAUAUUUAGAAUUGCCUAUUUUUAAUAGAUAUCAUUUCAGCAAGCCCUUUUUUUGUAUUUGUAGCACUUAAAUUUAUUUGAUGUUAAUUGUUCAUAUCUAUUGUACUUGUAAAAUAUUUGGUGGCAGUUUUUCGCAAAUAAAAAAUUAUUAUUAUUAUUAAA